AUGUCCAAACCAGUAGUCACCAGCGGCCACAAAAUCCGCAGCGCAAUCCGCGCAACUGGCGUCGCCAUCAUCGUCAUCGCCGGAACAUGGUGGGGCGCCGGCCUCCGUACGAACCAGGACUUUGAAAAGGAAAAGAACCGAAUCCUCGAAGCCCCCGUCGAAGAGAAAAUCGCCGUUCUCGAAGCCCAGAAACGCCACUUAUACUCCCAACAGGAGUUGCUGCAAAGGAAACUGGAUACUUUUCAUGCGCGCGUUAAGGAGAGGGAAGCUGCUGCGGCGAGGAGGAAAGCGGCUGAGGAGGCGGACCAGUCGAAGAGGUGGCCUUGA